AUGCGUUUCUCCGCUUUUGCCUUCGCCUCGGCCGCUCUGGCUACCCUGGCUUCUGCCUACACCACUCCAAAGGGUGACGCCCCUGAGGGCAACCCUAUUACCAAGCCGGGGUUGAACGAACUUGUCCCCGCUGGCACUCAGUACGAGAUCACCUGGAACCCCACCACCGAUGGCACCGUCAGCUUGGUCCUUCUGCGCGGCCCUUCCACCGACGUAGUGCCAAUGUAUGCUAUCGCCGAGAAGAUCGACAAUAGUGGAAAGUUCUACUGGACGCCGAAGGAUGACCUCCAGCCUGAUACUACUCACUAUGGUCUCGAGAUCAUUGACGACGCAACCGGCCAGUACCAGUACAGCACUCAGUUCGGCAUCAGCAACAAGCAGUACAGCGGCUCGUCCUCAUCUUCGUCAUCCGCGGCUGCAAGCUCUGCUGCUCCUUCAUCCACGCAAGCCCCAACUGGCGCUGCUUCUGCUACCAACACCUUCGUCACCUCCAGCACUGGAACUGCCGCUCCCUUCACCUCGAGCACCGGCUACCCGCUCGCCAAUUCGACUUCGUCCUAUGGCGCUCAGUCCACCUUCAAGACCAUGCCCAGCGCAAGCGCGACUGGAGCUAAGAACGGCACUGCUCUCCCCACCGGCGCUGCUGGCCGGAUGGCCAUGAACUUCGGCGGUGUUGUGCUCGGUGCCGGUGCUGCUAUCGCCAUGGCGUUGUAA